UUCUGCUUAAAAUUCUGGCUCAAGGACAGCCAGCCAUUUUGCACGCUGGAGUGGACUGCAGUGUGACUUCCCCAUGGCAUCCUACCGGGACAGCAAGGUGCUAGUGGCAGCUGUGUGUGGGCUGCUGACCGGCACCGUUCUGGGACUUGGCGUGUGGAGGACCAUGGCCUGGAUCCAGACAGUGGCUUCCUCAUCAAAGCCCCCUCUGGAGCUCUGCAGAAAUGGCGGAACCUGGGCCAACGACAGGUGCAACUGCCCAGAGCUGUGGAGAGGACUGCGAUGUACCAUCCCUAAUUUCUGUGAAAAUAGCACCGACAAGAUGUUCACGUUUAAACGGAUUCCAGUAGGAAGCUACGGGUACUCUGAGGAAGUGUGUGAGCGGAACACUCCAAGUGCGGGCAAACCCAUGGCCACCCGGCUGUGUACACUCAGCGAAACUGGGCAGAUCAAGCUGGAAGCAGCCACCACAGGAAACUGCAGUGCCAGUCUGCAAAGCCUGGAGACACAGAUAGACGAUAUCAGAAAUCAUUCUGAAAAUAUUUCUACUGAAGUUCAGAUUUUAACCUCAAAUGUCAACCAGCUGACUUCUGAGGGCAUCUCUGCAGCUGCUAAUGUCGUCGGGCAAAUCUUCAACUUGAGCAAUCACGCUGUGCCUAAGGCAAAGGAAGUAGCAGUGGCAACAGUGAGUCAACUUCUAGAGGCCCGUGAAGACGUUUUCCAGAGAGCUGUCGACACCGGCAGUCCCAGUCCCUUUAACACGCUUAUAAAAGAAAUAGAGGACUAUUCUUUGUCUCUGAGUAACGGAUCCGUUGUGCAGCCAAACAUAGCAGUUCAGUCUGUUGCUCCCUCUGAAAAUGCUGCCGUGAGCUUCACAAGUGUUCGCUUCUCUGUGCUGAGAGGAAGCAGUGACUCGUUCAGCUCGGGCUCCACGUCGGUAGACACCAACACAGACCGCCUGGAGACCAGUGAAGUCACGGAGCUGCAGAUCCUGCUCAGUGCCACCACCGAUAAACUCGAAGAUUGCGGCUUUGUAGCGUAUCAAAACAGCAAGCUUUUCCAAUCAAAAAAAUUCUCAACUAGUACAAGUUUUAGUCAAAAAGUAAUUUCAGGCAGUUUUAAAGAAAACAAGACGCGUGGAAAUAGUAAGGAUGUCUCUGUUGAAAUGGCCUUUAACACAAAAUACAGGCCCACAGGGUACCAGCUCCACUCCUACGCCUGCGUCUACUGGGACUUCUCGCUGAAUGACUGGGACACGCGCGGCUGUGUCAAAGUCCCGAGCGGCCGCGCCGAAUUCCUGCACUGCCGCUGUAACCACACGACCAGCUUUGCCGUGCUGAUGAGUUUCCUGAAGGACUAUAAAUACCCAGAACCGCUGGACAGAUUGUCCACGGCUGGGUGUGCGCUCUCCAUCACCGGCCUGGCUCUCACGGUUGCCUUUCAGAUUGUCACCAGGAAGGGCAGGAAAAGCUCUGUGACCUGGGUGCUGGUCAGUCUGUGCUCCUCAAUGUUGAUCUUCAACCUCCUCUUCGUGUUUGGAAUCGAAAACUCCAACAAGAACUCGGGGGCCAGUGGUGGUGACCCCCACACGCAGAGAAACGAGAUCCCCCCGGCCGACACGAAGGACAGAUCGAAUCCCGGCUGCACCGCCGUGGCCGCCCUGCUGCACUACUUCGCGCUGGCCACCUUCACCUGGUCCGGGCUCAGCGCCGCCCAGCUCCACUUCCUGCUGCUCAGGACCAUGAAGCCUCUCCCUCCACACUUCACCCUCUACCUCUCUCUGACGGGCUGGGGAGUCCCGGCUGGGGUUGUGGCCAUGACAGUCGGAAUUAUUUAUGCUCAGCAUAAGGAGGAAUGGGAGUUAAAGUACCGGCAAGAGGAAGUCUGCUGGCUGGCAAUCUUGGAAGAAAAGAACACUCUCAAAAGUCCAUUUCUGUGGUCAUUCGCCAUGCCAGUGUCCGUCAUCCUCCUGAGCAAUGUUGCUGUGUUCAUCACCAUCACGGUCAAGGUACUGUGGAAGAAGAACCAGCACCUGACCAGCACAAAAAGGGUUUCGUCCCUGAAGAAGCUUCUCAGCACACUGUCGACGGCAGUGAUCUUUGGAAUCACCUGGCUUCUGGCGUACUUGAUGCUGAUUGACGACCGCAGCACCAGGAUGGCCUUUAGCUACAUUUUCUGCCUUUUCAACACGACGCAGGGACUGCAAAUCUUCAUCCUCUACACGGUCAGAAACAAAGUCUUCCAGCGUGAAGCCUCCAAAGUGUGGAAGUCCCUGUCUUCGUCCACGGAGAGGAUGACUUUCCGGGGGCCUUCGGUCAGCCAGCUGAGGCUUCGCGUGAGGAUGUACAACAUGCUCCGGGCGCUCCCCGCCCUGAACGAGCGCUUCAGGCUGCUGGAGCCGUCGGUCGCCACUGAAGAGACGGCGCUCUCUGCGGGCGGCCCAGGGGGUGCCAGCGCCUAGGCCGUGACGCUGCUUCCGCUCUGGGUGCUUCUCCUUGUGUCUGACUCACACGCUUUUUGAUUUUCCUCUGUUCUUCCUUUGUUACCCAGUUCUUCUGAAGAGCAUCUUCUGACCUAUAUUUCUCAAGAUAAGGAGCAGCUAAGACCUAAUGUCUAGGCCCAGGAGGUGGCGCAGGGGAUGAAGCACUGGACUCUCAAGCAGGAGGUCCCGAGUUCAAUCCCCGGCAGCACAUGUGCCAGAGUGAUGCCUCCCCCCCGUGUCUCUUUCCUCUUUCCUUUUCAUAUUAAUAAAUAAAAAAAUAUUUUAACACAUGGCCCAGAAACACAUGAAGAAAUGCUCCACUUCGCUCGUUAGAGAAAUGUAAAUUAAAACUACACUGAUGCUAUCUCCCAGCUGAGGGCAGGGCUUCCGUCCGCAACCAGAAGUGACAGGUGCUGGGGAGGCUGUGGAGAAAGGACUCUGCUCCUGCUGGAGGGAAUGCAGCUGGGGCAGCCCCUGUGGAGACGGUGUGCACCGUCCUGAGACCUGUAACAGUGGAAUCACCUUUUGACCCAGCGGGACCACUCGCAGGCACUUACCCGGGGACACUCAGCACUGACGAGAAGGGCCACGUGCGGCCCUGCGCCCACAGCUGCGUUAUUCACAGCAGCCGGAGCGUGGACGCAGCCCGGAUGCCCGUCACAGGUGAACUUGCAAGAGAAAUUCAGAUAAAACAG